CAGGACUUCCGGCGUUUGAAAAACUUCCGGCGGGAACCGGAAGACCCGGCAAUCCCGAACUCAAUCUUCCGACUCGCCGGGCAGGAAGAUGUCAUUAUUGCCAAGAAGAGCAAAAAUACAGGCCCAGCCCAUGGACUCCAAAGAUGAAUUUUCUUACUUCUCUGAGUUGUCAUCUGCCUCUGAAGAAGAUGACAAGGAAGAUAGUAUUUGGGAACCUCAAAAGAAAGUUCCCAGAAGCCGUAAACAGCCUGUACCCAAGGAAUCAAAACCAAAGCGGGGCCCUCGGGUGAAGAAGAAAAUGCUACAGACAAAUGAUGACUCAGAAGGCUUGGCUAUUAAGGAGGAUCUGAAUAGCCCUGUGACUAUUGCUAAUGCUGAUAUGGAAGAGAAAAAUUGUAAAUUGAAUAUGGCACAGACUCUGAAGCCAGUAGCAACAAAAAGGAAAAAUUCAGCUCCAAGAGCCAAAAAAAAGCUGAAGGUUGAUGAGGAAAGCAGUGCAGCCAGCACCUUAGAGGAUGGGCGUAGCAGCGCGGAGACACCCUCAACUAGCACCACAUGGGAAGGUGUGUGCAAGAAGGAAGAAAGUGAAGAUGACUUCACAUUUGAUCAGUCCCCUUUAAAGAGGAUGAAGACGGAAACCUGUCCUCAGGGGCAGCCUGUCAAGUUUCCAGUGAGUGCCCACAGCAUUAAAGAGGAGGUGGAGAUGAACUGGGACAUCGUGCAGGUUUUAUCUGAGAGAACUAAUAUUGAAUUUUGGGUUUGUGCCAAUAUCAUUCGCCUCUUUAAUGAUGAUAACACAAUUCCCUUCAUUAUACGCUAUCGAAAAGAGCUCAUUAAUAAUCUUGAUGCUGAUUCCUUGAGAGAAGUUCGCCAGACUCUAGAGGAGCUACGGGCUCUUGCGAAGAAGGUUCAUAGUGCAAUCCAGAAAAUUAAGAAGGAGGGGAAGAUGUCUGAAUGCUUGUUAAAAGCCUUGUUGAACUGCAAAACUUUUGAAGAAUUAGAACACGUGUCUGCUCCAUAUAAAACAGGGAGCAAAGGCACCAAAGCCCAGAGAGCAAAGCAGUUGGGACUAGAAGGAGCAGCAUGGACCCUGCUGGAGAACCCAGGGCAGCUCAACCUGCUGUCUUACUUCAGGCCUGAUGUCAAAGGCCUUUCUGAGCUCAAGGAUAUUGAAACAGGAGUGCAACAUAUUUUAGCAGACAUGAUUGCUAAAGACAAAGAUACGCUUGACUUCAUUCGAGACUUGUGCCAACAUAGAUACAUUUGUAUCCAGUCAUCUCUGGCAAAAGUAUCCUCAAAAAAAGUAAAUGAGAAAGACAUUGGUAAGUUUCAGCUCUACCAGAACUUUUCAUGCAACAUAAGAAACAUCCAGCAUCAUCAGAUUCUGGCAAUUAACCGUGGAGAGAAUUUGAAGGUACUGACGGUCAAGAUCAACAUUCCUGAUGGAGUCAAGAAUGAAUUCUGUAGGUGGUGCAUACAAAACAGGUGGAGGCCACGUGGCUUUGCAAGGCCAGAGUUAAUGAAAAUCUUACACAGUUCACUGGAUGAUUCUUUUAAACGCCUUAUUGUUCCUCUUCUCUGUAGAGAGUUCAGAGCCAAACUGACAUCAGAUGCUGAGAAGGAAUCAGUGAUGAUGUUUGGACAGAACCUUCGCCAGCUUCUUUUAACAAGCCCUGUUCCUGGACGUACCUUGAUGGGAGUAGAUCCUGGCUACAAACAUGGUUGCAAACUGGCUAUCAUUUCUCCUACUAGUCAGAUACUUCAUGCUGAUGUGGUAUAUUUGCACUGUGGACAAGGCUUCAGAGAGGCAGAGAAGAUAAAGAGGCUUUUGCUGGAUUUCAACUGCAGCACAGUGGUGAUUGGAAAUGGAACUGCCUGUCGGGAAACUGAAGCUUACUUUGCUGACCUAAUAAUGAAAAAUUACUUUGCACCACUGGAUGUUGUUUACUGUAUCGUCAGUGAAGCAGGAGCCUCUAUCUACAGCGUCAGCCCUGAGGCUAACAAAGAGAUGCCUGGGCUGGAUCCUAACCUCAGAAGUGCAGUUUCCAUAGCAAGGCGUGUUCAAGAUCCAUUAGCUGAGCUAGUGAAAAUUGAGCCGAAGCACAUUGGAGUUGGAAUGUACCAGCAUGAUGUAUCCCAGACUUUACUCAAGGCAACACUGGACAGCGUUGUAGAAGAAUGUGUCAGCUUUGUGGGCGUGGAUAUUAACAUCUGCUCAGAAGUGUUGUUAAGGCAUAUUGCUGGACUCAAUGCCAAUAGAGCCAAAAAUAUUAUUGAAUGGCGAGAGAAAAAUGGGCCCUUCGUCAACCGAGAACAGUUGAAGAAAGUAAAAGGGCUUGGUCCAAAAUCCUUUCAGCAGUGUGCCGGCUUCAUCAGAAUCAACCAGGAUUAUAUCCGAGCAUUUUGCAGUAGUCAACACUCUGAAUCUUCAGGCCAGAGUCAAGAAGUUGCCAUGACAACUUCCACAGAUGUUCAAGUCACAAUUGAGAAGCAGGGCAAAAAGAAGAGCAAGACUGCAGCGAACAUCGUACCGAUGCCAAAUCCUCUGGACCAGACAUGUAUUCAUCCAGAGUCAUAUGACAUAGCAGGCAGGUUUUUAUCAUUCAUCGGAGGGACACUGAGUGAGAUUGGAAAGCCCGAAAUGCAACAAAAAAUAAAUUCAUACCUCAGAAAGGAAGGAAUAGAGAAAACUUCAGAAAAAUUGCAAACAACAGCACACACCUUACAGAUCAUCAUAGACGGUCUGAGCCAGCCCGAAAGCUUCGACUUUCGAACAGAUUUUGAUAAACCUGAUUUCAAGAGAAGCAUAGUAUGUCUAGAAGACCUGCAGGUUGGAACCGUUCUCACAGGAAAAGUGGAGAAUGCCACUCUGUUUGGGGUUUUUGUAGAUAUAGGAGUGGGGAAGUCAGGACUGAUUCCCAUAAGGAACAUAACAGAAGCAAAGCUUUCUAAAACAAAGAAGAGAAGGAGCCUUGGCCUGGGCCCUGGAGAAAAAGUGGAGGUCCAAGUCCUCAACAUUGACAUCCCCCGAUCUCGGAUUUCUCUGGACCUUGUUCGGGUGUUGUGAGUGCCCCUCCCCCAAACACCAACAUUGACCAAAACAAGUCAAAGGUUAAAGAAGCAAGUGUUUUCCUCACACUGCCCUGAUUUCCCCUUAUGAAAGCAACCAAUAGACAUUCUGGUGUAGCAUUAUAUAGUAACGGUUUUCUGACCAAUUUUUAAAGUUUUUUCUAAUUCUUCAUUGACUGCUUUUUUUAUAAUAAGUGGCUUCACUUCUACUUGCCAGCCCCCGUCUUCUUGGACUUUGACGAGUUGUCUUUUUUUUUUUUUUUUUGAAAUGUACAAUGUUUGCUGACACAUUAGGGCUAGCAGUAUUUAAUCUUGCCAUUUUAUUGAUUUUGUUUUUUUAAAUUGGGACUUUUGGACAUAAUUCUUAGUUUUGUAAUCUUUAUUUUCCCUUGCCAGACAAACCAAAAAUAGACCAGUAAAACAGAUUAUCAUGUGUUUGUGACCAUCAAGUGAAUGGUCCAGAGUGUUCCUCUGAAAGAUCUAUGUACUGACCCUAUAAUAAACUGCUGUGACUGGUGA